UGGUGCCAUGAAGGAGGUGGUAUUUUAAUCGUGCGAACAAGUUGUCUGCGGGCGGACGUGCGCAUUUUGGUUGUAUUUUUUUUAAUAUCAGUACGGAAAAAACAACUUUGCACAUUCCCUCGAGUUAUUUUUUAUAUACCGGCUUAUUCUUGUUCGUAUUUGUAUUCGCAAUUGCUGGCGCAGCAGACAACCAUAGUGCAAUAUUAACACGGCCCUAGAUAUAUAUCAGCUGGCGAAAUGGACGCACACGCACAUCACAGCGCACCCAAUGUUGCCUCGAUUGCCCAAACAGAACUGAUUGACCAUUCCAUGCACGGACACGAUCACGCGAACAUGCAUCACGAUCACGAGCACAUGGGCCUGGACGCGACCACGCUGAGUCCGCCGCUGGCGACGCCGCACGGGGAUCUGGCCAUGGGCAUGCAUGCUGGCCAUCAUCAUGGCGGCGGCGGUGGCGGCGGCACAGGCACCGGCAUGGAGCACAUGAUGUCGAUGGCGUUCCAUUUUGGCUACAAUGAGACAAUCCUGUUCUCGUGGUGGCACAUCGAGACGGUUGCCGGCCUGAUCGGCUCCAUGAUAGCCAUCUUUCUGCUGGCGCUGCUCUACGAGGGCCUCAAAUACUAUCGCGAGUAUCUGUUCUGGAAGACGUACAAUCUGCUCGAGUAUCGGCCGGUGACGGGACCGCAACGCAAUCCGGAGGCGCCGCGUCUGCCCACGCCCGCCGCCCAUGCCGCACCAUCGCCCGUGCAAUACGUUGGCGAAGUUGUGCACAAACAACCACCGACAAUGCUGUCCAUCAAUCAUCUGUACCAGACGCUGCUGCACGUGCUCCAGGUGACGCUCUCCUUCCUGCUAAUGCUGAUCUUCAUGACAUACAAUGUGUGGCUCUGCAUGAUGGUGGUGCUGGGCGCCGGCGUUGGAUACUUUCUCUUCUGCUGGAAGAAAUCGGUAAUUGUCGAUGUCACCGAGCACUGUCACUAGCAGCCGCCCAUCUGCCCAACCGGGGAGGCGAUCCACUCCCACUCUAGCCGGCUGUGUCUCACCCACGACGGAAUGUCGCCAUGAUCAGCCGGCGCCCGCCCGACCCUGCAGUCGCAAUUCCUGCUGCAAGCUGAAUGCCCCAUUUUCUCGAAAUGCCCAACCCCCAAACCCUCCCCCCCCACACACACACACACACAAACACACCCACACACUCACACAUUUUUAGGUAUUAACAUAUAUGUUUAUCCGUGCAACGCGCAUUUGCCAGCACUCAAAUUUUUAUAACUGUGAAAUUUUUUCAAGAAAUCUAAGCGACAAGAAAAUACUGCAUACAAACAACAACAACAACAAACCAGUUGCUACGGGCACACUUUUUUUUUUGCACACAACAAACGAAACUUUGAGGUUAAGUGAAAAGUGCAGCGAACAAAAGACGAGCAAAUUCUUAAAAAUUGCCCAGCAAAAUAAUAAUUGUAAAAAUUGUAAAAAGCAAACAAAACAAACAAAAAAUGAGUAAACUGUUAGUUAGCCAAAAUUUAUCUCAAUUGCUCAAUUGCCGAUUGGAGCGUCCGGGUUUGAACCACUUUUUUUUUUCUUUUGUUUGGUUUCACUCUACAUUUGUUUUCUUGAAAUAUUUAUCUAUAUAUUAUGCCCAUAAUUAUACCUAUACCUAUGCUUAUAUUUUACACAAAAA